UGAUGCCUGGGAAACUCCUCUGGGGGGACAUUAUGGAGCUGGAGGCACCCUUGGAGGAGACCGAGAGCCAAAGGAAGGAGAGGCAAAAGAGCUUUAUGGAUAUCGGAAUUUCGGAUAAGGGAUUAUGGACCUGUACUUCCCUUAUAGGGUUGUUAUGAAGAUUUAAACAAGAUAAGCCGAAAGCAUUACACAGUGCUGGAGUGAUAGAAGGAAAUCAAGGCACCAUUAUGACUCAGACGAGAAAUCAGAAACAAGAGAAAAUGGUGUGGCAGAUAACUUGGAUGCUCCCAAGCCCAAAAAAGCUAGAAUGAAAGAGAAGCUAAAUGGAGACACUGAAGAAGGAUGUAAUAAUAGACUUUCAGAUGAAUUUUCUAAAUCUCAUAAGUCAAGAAGAAAAGAUCUGUCAAAUGGAGAUAUUGAUGAAUAUGAAAAAAAAUCAAAGCGAGUGUCAUCCUUAGAUAGUUCUACUCAUAAAUCAAGUGAUAAUAAACUAGAGGAGAGCCUAACACGUGAACAGAAAGAAGGAGCCUUCUCCAAUUUCCCUAUUUCUGAAGAAACUAUAAAGCUUCUAAAAGGUCGAGGGGUAACAUAUCUCUUUCCUAUUCAAGUUAAGACCUUUGGUCCUGUAUAUGAAGGAAAAGAUUUAAUUGCUCAAGCACGGACAGGAACAGGAAAGACAUUUUCUUUUGCUAUCCCCUUGAUUGAAAGACUCCAAAGAAAUCAAGAGACAAUUAAAAAAAGCCGCUCACCAAAGGUACUUGUUUUGGCUCCUACAAGGGAACUGGCAAACCAAGUAGCCAAAGACUUCAAAGAUAUCACUAGGAAACUCAGUGUGGCGUGUUUUUAUGGUGGAACAUCCUAUCAAAGCCAAAUUAAUCAUAUUCGAAAUGGUAUUGACAUCUUGGUUGGGACUCCUGGUCGUAUCAAAGACCAUCUGCAGAGUGGCCGAUUAGAUCUUUCUAAACUGCGCCAUGUUGUACUUGAUGAAGUGGAUCAAAUGUUAGAUUUAGGAUUUGCUGAACAAGUUGAAGAUAUCAUCCAUGAAUCCUACAAAACUGAUUCUGAAGACAAUCCUCAGACUUUACUUUUUUCUGCAACUUGCCCACAAUGGGUAUACAAAGUUGCAAAAAAAUACAUGAAAUCCAGAUAUGAACAGGUUGACCUUGUUGGAAAAAUGACUCAAAAGGCUGCAACUACUGUGGAAGGUUUUGAGUUCCAGCCCUGCAUCGGACUUAGAGCUGACUUGCAGAAACAAAAAAACAAACAAACAAAAGACACAAAAAAGAAAGGAUUAAAGAUGGCAUUUGCAUUAUUUAUGCAUUUGGCCAUCCAGUGCCAUUGGUCUCAGAGGCCAGCAGUUAUUGGAGAUGUCCUUCAAGUCUACAGUGGGUCUGAAGGGAGGGCUAUUAUUUUCUGUGAGACCAAAAAGAAUGUAACUGAAAUGGCCAUGAAUCCACACAUAAAACAGAAUGCCCAGUGUUUACAUGGGGACAUAGCACAGUCACAAAGAGAAAUUACCCUGAAAGGCUUCAGAGAAGGUAGUUUUAAAGUUUUGGUGGCAACCAAUGUGGCUGCCCGUGGUUUGGACAUACCUGAGGUGGACCUGGUGAUUCAAAGUUCUCCUCCCCAGGAUGUUGAGUCCUAUAUUCAUCGUUCUGGACGCACAGGUAGAGCUGGCCGGACAGGGAUUUGCAUAUGUUUUUAUCAACCAAGAGAAAGAGGUCAACUACGAUAUGUGGAACAAAAAGCAGGAAUUACUUUUAAACGUGUAGGUGUUCCUUCUACAAUGGAUUUAGUUAAAUCUAAAAGCAUGGAUGCCAUCAGGUCUCUGGCUUCCGUUUCUUAUGCUGCUGUUGAUUUUUUCCGACCAUCAGCUCAGAGAUUGAUUGAAGAGAAAGGGGCAGUUGAUGCAUUGGCUGCAGCAUUAGCCCACAUCUCUGGUGCAUCAAGUUUUGAACCACGAUCUUUGAUCACCUCUGAUAAGGGGUUUGUGACCAUGACUCUGGAAAGCCCGGAAGAAAUACAAGAUGUCAGUUGUGCUUGGAAAGAACUUAACAGAAAGCUGAGUAGUAAUGCUGUGUCCCAAAUUACCAGAAUGUGCCUCCUAAAAGGAAAUAUGGGUGUUUGCUUUGACGUUCCUACAACUGAGUCAGAAAGGUUACAGGCAGAGUGGCAUGAUUCAGACUGGAUACUUUCAUUGCCAGCCAAGUUACCUGAAAUUGAAGAAUAUUAUGAUGGAAACACAUCUUCUAACUCCAGGCAGAGGAGUGGCUGGUCAAGUGGCCGGUCUGGCCGAUCUGGCCGGUCAGGUGGUCGAUCUGGUGGCCGGUCAGGUAGACAGAGUCGACAGGGGAGUCGGUCAGGAAGUCGACAAGAUGGUAGAAGACGAAGUGGGAAUAGAAAUCGAUCAAGAAGCGGGGGCCACAAACGGAGUUUUGACUGAGUAUUUGAUAGUUAAUCUACCAGUGUGAGCUUGCCUAUUUCUGCCUAAUCAUGUACAUUAUCCACCAAAAAUUAGGUCAUCAUAGUUGAGGUAUGUGUCUGCUCUUUGCAAAGAAGUUGGUCAUAUUUUUUUAAAAAGUGUUUCACAAGAAUGGUUGUAAACAAAUCUACUUAUCCAGUUAUACCUUUGAAUAAAAAAACCUCCUUUUAUUGUCUCUUUUCA